AUGCGAAACACAGCUCGUGUGCCACAAGGGACAAAUAGGAGAAGAACGGGAGAGGUAUCUCCGCAGCAACAAAUCUCUGCAGUAGUCGCAGAUUUUUACUUGCAGGAGGCCAAAACACCCGCGCCCUGCGUACCCCUUCGCUCUAGCUGA